AGUCGCCGCCGUCCCAGAAGCCUCUGGGAAGCGGCCGCGCUGCGCGGGCGACUCGUUGGUCCCGGGGAAGAUGGCGGCGCCGGAACCGGGGAGCUAGAGAGACUCGGGGCCGCGGCCGCCUGCUCAGCUUGGCGCCUGGGCCGGCCUGCCCCAGGAGCUGGUGACUGUCCUCGGGGUGUGACCUGUGGCCUGUGGGCACAAUGGAUCUGGCUUACGUCUGCGAGUGGGAGAGAUGGCCCAAGAGUACCCACUGUCCGUCGGUGCCUCUGGCCUGUGCCUGGUCCUGCCGUAACCUCAUUGCCUUCACCACCGACCUUCGAAAUGACGACCAGGACCUCACCCGCAUGAUCCACAUCCUGGAUACGGAACACCCCUGGGAUGUGCACUCCGUCAACUCAGAGCACAGCGAGGCCAUCACCUGCCUGGAGUGGGACCAGUCAGGCUCCCGGCUCCUGUCGGCUGAUGCUGACGGGCAGAUCAAGUGCUGGAGCAUGGCCGACCACCUGGCCAACAGCUGGGAGAGCUCUGUGGGCAGCUUGGUGGAGGGGGACCCCAUCGUGGCGCUGUCCUGGCUGCACAACGGGGUGAAGCUGGCAUUGCACGUGGAAAAGUCGGGCGCCUCCAGCUUCGGCGAGAAGUUCUCCCGCGUCAAAUUCUCGCCGUCCCUCACACUGUUCGGCGGCAAGCCAAUGGAGGGCUGGAUCGCAGUGACGGUCAGCGGCCUGGUCACCGUGUCCCUGCUCAAGCCCAGCGGGCAGGUGCUGACGUCAACGGAGAGUCUGUGCCGGCUGCGCGGCCGCGUGGCCCUGGCGGACAUCGCCUUCACGGGCGGUGGCAACAUCGUGGUGGCCACCGCGGACGGCAGCAGCGCCUCCCCCGUGCAGUUCUACAAGGUGUGCGUGAGCGUGGUCAGCGAGAAGUGCCGCAUCGACACCGAGAUCCUGCCCUCGCUGUUCAUGCGCUGCACCACCGACCUCAACCGCAAGGACAAGUUCCCCGCCAUCACCCACCUCAAGUUCCUGGCCCGUGACAUGUCAGAGCAGGUGCUCCUGUGUGCGUCCAGCCAGACGAGCAGCAUCGUGGAAUGUUGGUCUCUGCGGAAGGAGGGGCUUCCCGUGAACAACGUCUUCCAGCAGAUCUCGCCUGUGGUUGGUGACAAACAGCCCAUGAUUCUCAAGUGGCGGAUCCUGUCGGCCACCAACGACCUGGACCGCGUGUCUGCCGUGGCGCUGCCUAAGCUGCCCAUCUCGCUCACCAACACUGACCUGAAGGUGGCCAGCGACACCCAGUUCUACCCCGGCCUCGGGCUGGCCCUGGCCUUUCACGACGGCAGCGUCCACAUUGUGCACCGGCUGUCGCUGCAGAGCAUGGCCGUCUUCUACAGUUCUGCGGCCCCGCGCUCCGCGGACGAGCCGGCCAUCAAGCGCCCGCGGACCACCGGCCCCGCCGUCCACUUCAAGGCCAUGCAGCUCUCCUGGACGUCUCUGGCCCUGGUCGGCAUCGACAACCACGGGAAGCUGAGCAUGCUUCGCAUCUCGCCCUCCAUGGGCCACGCGCUGGACGUGAGCCUGGCCCUGCGGCACUUGCUCUUCCUGCUGGAGUACUGCAUGGUGACCGGCUACGACUGGUGGGACACCCUCCUGCACGUGCAGCCCGCCAUGGUGCAGAGCCUGGUGGAGAGGCUGCACGAGGAGUACACGCGCCAGAACGCGGCCCUGCAGCAGGUCCUGUCCACCCGGAUCCUGGCCAUGAAGGCCUCGCUGUGCAAGCUGUCGCCCUGCACAGUGGCCCGCGUGUGCGACUACCACGCCAAGCUCUUCCUCGUGGCAGUCAGCUCCACGCUCAAGUCCCUCCUGCGCCCACACUUCCUCAACACGCCCGACAAGAGCCCUGGCGACCGGCUGACCGAGGUCUGCGCCAAGAUCACGGACGCCGACAUCGACAAGGUCAUGAUCAACCUCAAGACGGAGGAGUUCGUCCUGGACAUGAACACGCUGCAGGCGCUCCAGCAGCUCCUGCAGUGGGUGGGCGACUUCGUGCUCUACUUGCUGGCCAGUCUGCCCAACCAGGGCUCCCCGCUGCGGCCGGGACACAGCUUCCUGCGGGACGGCGCCUCGCUGGGCAUGCUGCGGGAGCUGAUGGUCGUCAUCCGGAUCUGGGGCCUGCUGAAGCCCAGCUGCUUGCCCGUGUACACGGCCACCUCAGACACCCAAGACAGCAUGUCCCUGCUCUUCCGCCUGCUCACCAAGCUCUGGAUCUGCUGCCGUGACGAGGGCCCCACGAGUGAGCCGGACGAGGCGCUCGUCGACGAGUGCUGCCUGCUGCCCAGCCAGCUGCUCAUUCCCAGCCUGGACUGGCUGCCCGUCAGCGACGGCCUCGUCAGCCGCCUGCAGCCCAAGCAGCCUCUGCGCCUGCAGUUCGGCAAGGCCCCCGCCCUGCCUGCCUGCGCCACCGUGCAGCCCGACGGCCUCAGCAGGGCGCCGGGCCAGCCCAAGAUCGACCACCUGCGAAGGCUGCACCUGGGAGCCUACCCCACGGAGGAGUGCAAGGCCUGCACCCGGUGUGGCUGCGUCACCAUGCUCAGGUCACCCAAUAAGACCACGGCCGUCAAGCAGUGGGAACAGCGCUGGAUCAAGAACUGCCUGUGCGGGGGGCUCUGGCGGCGGGUGCCCCUCAGCUACCCCUGACCGGGGGCCCCCCGGGCCCUCUCGGCGACAGAACGUUCCACACACACCCCGACCUUCAUCGGGUACAUCAAGAAACGGGCAUCCUUGAAGCACUGCCUUCCGGGCCUUAUCGGCCAAGGUCGUGUCCCGUCAACGGACGGGGCAGGGGUGGACGCGGCCUGAAGCCGCGAGUUGGUGCCUGUCGGCCCAGCCGGGACUGCUUUCUGUCCCUCAGAGCCUAGCGGUGGUUCCAGGAGGAGGGCCGGCCCCCUGUCCACGUGCCCCAGGCGGCCACCGAGACACCUGUGGGUCUCACGGCUUCACGUAGUGUCCUCCUUGGACCCCCAGUGGCCCCUCCGGAGGCCCCAGGUCCUGGCUCGGAGGGUCCAGAGUGGCCCGGGGUCUCUGUUCUUUAGAACGUCCCCCCGUGAACUUGUCUAGUGUCUGGGUGAGUACUGCCCAUGACACCUGCCUCAGUGUCCUCCCUGUUCCUGUCCGUGCGUCCGCGUGGUUCUGACGUCAGCAGGUCCAAUAAAUGUCCUGCCAGGU